UUCUCCUCCAGGCUGUUCCAAGAGAAUGUCUUGUUGGUAGCCCAGCUCAUACUCUGGCUAUGGAAUAUGGUUCUUAAUCAAUGCAUUGCUUCUCACAGUUUACAUCAGGGUCUCAGAUAUCCAGGUUCACUCCAGCUUUGCAGCACCCUUGCCAAGGAAUCAGGUUUUGGGUGGUCCAAUCAGAGAGAGAGAGAGAGAGAGGGAGAGAGAGAGAGAGAGAGAGAGAGAGUGAGUCAGUGCACUGUACCCCAGACCUCAGGCAUCAAAGUGGCUAAGUGGGGCAUGGAAGUAAGGACUGUCCCAUUUUCAAGCCUGUCCUUGGCCAGACACAUAGCUUCCUUGUGUUCGGCCUUUCCUAUUUCCUCAACAGGGAUUUAGGAGGUCUGGUUUCCCACCCUUCCAGAUGUACAAAGUCUAUUUUUAGUAAUAGGGUGUGUUGGGUCUGCCAUUUCUAGAUGCCAGGAUAGUUCACUAUAGGACUUGGCACAGAUUCCUGGGUUGGCCCCUGUUCCUCACCCACACCUACACCCACACUGCUCUUACUGCUUCUGCCUCCCCGCUGUAAUCUUGAUAGAAAGGGUGUGUGUGGAGGCCAGUGUUUGCCUGUGGAGGGUGGGCCGUAUGCUUAUGGGUGUGUAUAGGUCCAUUGAAGUGUGUGAAUAGGUUUGCCUAUCUGUCAAGCAAGUGUCCCAAGGUUUAGAGCAGGGGAGGAGAGUAUUAAGAGACAGCUGGGUGAGGCACCACCAACACCAUUGCCACCAAUACGGAGUUUCCCACAGUCACAUGGUCCAUGCAGCCCUAGGCUAGGUGUGCAUCAACCCUUGGCAUGGCCUCUGAGGCUUUUGCUGUUUCAGAUUUGUUGAAAACUGGUGGAGAACUGGAACAGAGGGGACAGGAAAUCGACCAGACUGAACAGGAAGUAAGACCAGACUAGACAGGAAGUAGGAACAGACUAGACAGGAAGUAGGAACAGACUGGACAGGAAGUAGGAACAGACUGGACAGGAAGUAGGAACAGACUGGACAGGAAGUAGGAACAGACAUGGGCCCGUGCUUAAAUGAAUGACAGAAACAGACAUGGCCACUCCUAGGUAUGGUGGAGGAGGAAGUUUACUGCAGAUAAGAAGAGCACAGUAGCUAUGUGACCUCUGAGAGAGUCCAGAGUGAACAAGACCCCGCGUCAGGCGAGGAGACAUGGAGAGGGCAGGGGAGAAGGGAGAACAGCUGCCAGCCAAGAGAAGUGGCCUGGGCCAAGAGACUGGCCAAGAGAGCAGUUGAGUGGGCCAGACAGGCAUGCUAUAUACAAUUCAAGAGCCCAAGAAGGCCCUGGCCUGCCCCGUUGCCUGGUUUCUCUUGCGAAGGGCAGCCGAGCUGUGUGUCCUGUGAGUUGUCCCAGGUGAUGUCUGUGAAGAGACGUUCUUCAUGUCCGUCGAUGUCCGUCGAGGCGAUGCCGGUGGCUGGGGGCUUUUCACUCCUGGAGGGAGCGGAACCAUGUUGUGCACAGCUGUCUGGCUUGGGUGGAGCACCUGUAGGGUUGUGCUAAUUGCCAAGAAUGAUUUCCUCAUAGCAUCUCUCCAGCGUUUGUUCCAGGUGGUGAAGACACAGGAGACUCGAGAGAUCAGAAGCCUCAACAACCAAUUCGCCUCCUUCAUUGACAAGGUGCGCUUCCUGGAGCAACAGAACAAGGUACUGGAGACCAAGUGGGAGCUGCUGCAGCAGCUGCAGGGCAAUCGCAGCCCUCAGGGUCUAGAGUGCAUCUUCGAAACCUGCCUAGCCCGACUCAGGCAGCAGCUGGAGGAGCUGCAGAGAGAGCGAAGGGCUCUGGACUCUGAGCUGAAGACCUAUCAGGACCAGGAGGAUGAAUAUAAGUCCAAGUAUGACCAGGAAGCGUACAAGCACGCCUCUGUGCAGAAUGAUUUUGUGGUCCUUAAGAAGGACGUGGAUGAGGUUUUCCAGAGCAAGAUGGAUUUGGAAGGCAACCUGGAGUCUCUGAAAGAACACGUCUGCUUCUUGACACGUCUGUAUGAAGAAGAACUGGGACAGCUGAAGACGCAGGCAGACGACAUGUCUGUGGUGCUGUCCAUGGAUAACAAUCGUUGCUUGGACUUCAGCGACAUCAUUGCUGAGGUCCGUGCCCGUUACGAGGAGAUCACGCGGACUAGCAAGGCCGAGGCUGAGGCUGUGUUCCAGACCAAGUACCAGGAACUCCAGGAAUCAGCCCAGCUUCAAGGGAACAGCAUGAAGGAAGCGCAGGUGCAGAUUUCCCAGCUUCGGCAGGCCAUACAUAGGCUGCAGAGUCAGAUUGGGAGCCUCAGGAAGCAGAAUGACAGUCUGCAGUCGGCCAUCGCUGAUGCUGAGCAGCAAGGGGAGAUGGCUGUGAGGGAUGCCCAGGCCAAGCUGGAUGAGCUGGAGGCUGCCCUGAGAACAGCCAAGCAGGACAUGGCACAGAUGCUACGUGACUACCAGGAACUGAUGGGCACGAAGUUGUCCCUGGAUGUGGAGAUCGCCAUGUACCGGAGGUUGCUGGAGAGUGAGGAGUGCAGGAUAUCCACGGAGCACACCAGCCAGGUCACUGUGUCUAUAACAGAGGGCAGCAUUGUGCCUGGAAGAACUUGUGGAGGCCAAGUAGUUGUGCCUGGAAGAAUUGGUACAGGCCAAGUGGUCAUGCCUGGAAGGGAAUGUGGAGGUCAUGUGGUCAUGCCUGGAAGAGGAUCUGGAGGCCAGGUGACCAUUCCUGGAAGAGGAUCUGGAGGCCAGGUGACCGUGCCUAGAGGAGAAUGUGGAGGCCAGGUGACCAUGCCUGGGAGAGGAUCUGGAGGCCAGGUGACCAUGCCUGGGAGAGGAUCUGGAGGCCAGGUGACCAUUCCUGGAAGAGGAUCUGGAGGCCAAGUGACUGUGCCUGGGAGAGGAUCUGGAGGCCAAGUGACCAUACCUGGGAGAGGAUCUGGAGGCCAGGUGACCAUUCCUGGAAGAGGAUCUGGAGGCCAAGUGACCGUGCCUGGGAGAGGAUCUGGAGGCCAGGUGACCAUUCCUGGGAGAGGAUCUGGAGGCCAGGUGACCAUUCCUGGAAGAGAAUCUGGAGGCCAGGUGACCAUUCCUGGAAGAGAAUCUGGAGGCCAGGUGACCAUGCCUGGAAGAGAAUAUGGAGGCCAGGUGACCAUUCCUGGAAGAGAAUCUGGAGGCCAGGUGACCAUGCCUGGAAGAGGAUCUGGAGGCCAGGUGACCAUGCCUGGGAGAGGAUCUGGAGGCCAGGUGACCGUGCCUGGAAGAGAAUAUGGAGGCCAGGUGACCGUGCCUGGGAGAGGAUCUGGAGGCCAGGUGACCGUGCCUGGGAGAGAAUAUGGAGGCCAGGUGACCGUGCCUAGAGGAGAAUGUGGAGGCCAGGUGACAGUGCCUGGAAGAGAAUAUGGAGGCCAGGUGACCAUGCCUAGAGGAGAAUGUGGGGGUCAAGUGACCAUGCCUGGAAGAGAAUAUGGAGGCCAGGUGACCAUGCCUGGAAGAGAAUCUGGAGGCCAGGUGACCGUGCCUGGAAGAGAAUAUGGAGGCCAGGUGACCAUGCCUAGAGGAGAAUGUGGAGGCCAGGUGACCGUGCCUGGAAGAGAAUAUGGAGGCCAGGUGACCAUGCCUAGAGGAGAAUGUGGGGGUCAAGUGACCAUGCCUGGAAGAGAAUAUGGAGGCCAGGUGACCGUGCCUAGAAGAGAGUGUGGAGGCCAGGUGACCGUGCCUGGAAGAGAAUAUGGAGGCCAGGUGACCAUGCCUGGAAGAGAAUCUGGAGGCCAGGUGACCGUGCCUGGGAGAGAAUAUGGAGGCCAGGUGACCGUGCCUAGAGGAGAAUGUGGAGGCCAGGUGACCGUGCCUGGGAGAGAAUAUGGAGGCCAGGUGACCGUGCCUAGAGGAGAAUGUGGAGGCCAGGUGACCGUGCCUGGAAGAGAAUAUGGAGGCCAGGUGACCAUGCCUAGAGGAGAAUGUGGAGGCCAGGUGACCGUGCCUAGAGGAGAAUGUGGGGGUCAAGUGACCAUGCCUGGAAGAGAAUAUGGAGGCCAGGUGACCGUGCCUGGAAGAGAAUAUGGAGGCCAGAUGACCAUGCCUGGAAGAGAAUGUGGAGGCCAAGAGGUCAUUCCUAGAGGAGAAUGUGGGGGUCAAGUGGUCAUGCCUGGACAAGAAUGUGGAGGCCAAGCAGUUAUUCCGAGAGGAGACUGUGGAAGCCAAGUGGUCAUUCCUAGAGAAGAAUGUGGGGGUCAAGUGUCCAUGCCCAGAGGAGAAUGUGGAGGCCAAGUGGGCACUUGUGGCCACAGAGGCUGGCAAGGCAGCUUUGGGUCUGGAGGCUGCUCUAGCAUCGUUACUGGUGGCUUCGAGAUCCCCCAGGGAUCUGGAUACAGCCCCACCAUGGGUUCCUGUUCCGUAUCUGGCUCAGGCUUCAGUUCUGGCUCUGGCUCCAGCUGCCGCACCAUCCUGAAGAAGACAGUGGAAUCAAGUCGGAAGAUGUCUGUCAUUUAUUGAGUGACCAGGCAGUCACAUCCCUUCUGAGCCCAGAAGCCUUGCUCUGAGCUCAUCCCCCAAUGUCCAAUGUCCACAGCCCGAGGCAGCCCACUGGGCACUGGAGAAAGUCAAUAAAGUCUGGCUUGCCUGCUGUCCCAAGUGGUCAGGGGCAGGUCCUGCUCUGCAUA